GUAGAGGGAUCGGGGAGUUUUGAUGCUUCGGGAGAGUGCUCUGACAGUCGGAAGCACCGCAUAAGUUUAUUUUUCACCUGUGUUUUGAAAGAAAAAUAAUUGGAAUAGACCGAAAGGAAUGGAUUUCACGAUACCCCACCUCUGCUGUGUAUUGAUUAGUCUUAUCGCAGGUGUAGCCCAUGGCCUGGAGAUCACGUCCCAGGGACCCACAUCCAUAGAGAAGGCCAGCAGUGAGAGUGUCAAGCUGGAUUGUCAGUUUUCUCUGGCCCCUGUGGACUCUGGCCCCCUGGACAUCGAAUGGAGCCUACUGGCCUCCGACAACCAGAAAGAGGACAAAGUGGUGAUCCUGUACUCUGGGGACAGGGCCUAUGAGGACUACUACCCUGCAGUGAAGGGGCGGGCCCACUUCAACUCACCUGACCCAAAGAAUGGCGACGCUUCCAUCAACCUGACUGGUCUGAAGUCCUCAGACACGGGGACCUACCAAUGCAAGGUGAAGAAGGCCCCUGGCAUCCGCAGCAGAAAGAUGCUACUGACCGUCAUGGUGAGGCCGUCCAAGCCCAGAUGCUCUACUGAAGGCCCCACCCAGGAGGGUAAGGACGUGGUCCUGAGGUGUACAUCCAGUGAGGGGACCAACCCCCUGCAGUACACCUGGGAGAAGACCAGUGACAGCAAGAUUCUGCCUGCCUCAGCCGUGCUAGACCCUGUGGGAGGCACCAUGAAUGUAAGGAACGCUUCCAUCAGCUCCUCAGGAACCUACCGCUGCACAGCUAAGAACCACGUGGGCAUGGAGGAGUGUAUUCUACAGCUUGGCAUCACUCCCCCACCCAACACUGCUGGUAUCAUAGCUGGAGCCAUCAUCGCUGUGCUGCUGGCCCUCAUCAUCAUCGCCAUCGUCCUCUUCUGCUGCUGCCGCGCCCACCACAGGAAGAAGUACGAGAAGGAGAUCUCUUACGAGAUCAGAGAGGACGUUCCCCCUCCGAAGAGCCGCGUGUCGACGGCUCGCUCUUUCACCAGCGUGGGCAGCCAGCGUUCCUCCCUGGGCUCCAUGUCCCCCUCCAACCUGCAUGAGUACGCCCUCAAGCCCCAGUAUGACAAGAUCCCCUCUGUGGAGGAGUAUGACAGGCCCCCCAGCCACACACCCCUGCCACCGCCUGUCGCCAGCAAGAUAGCCGGCCGUAACCUCAGCCGCAUGGGCGGCAUCCCUGUCAUGAUCCCCGCCCAAAACAAGGACGGCUCCAUUGUGUAAUGGAGAGAGAACGAAGGAGAAAGGGAAGGUUUGGGACAGGGGGACACUAGCCAGAGAGGAGGUGGGGGGCUGGUCUGGCAACUGGAGAGAGGGAGGGGUGGGACAGGGGGACACUAGCCAGAGAGGAAGUGGGGGGCUGGUCUGGCAACUGGAGGGGUGGGACAGGGGGACACUAGCCAGAGAGGAGGUGGGGGGUUGGUCUGGUAACUGGAGAGAUGGAGGGGUGGGACUUGGGGACACUAGCCAGAGAGGAGGUGGGGGGUUGGUCUGGUAACUGGAGAGAUGGAGGGGUGGGACUGGGGGACACUAGCCAGAGAGGAGGUGGGGGGCUGGUCUGGUAACUGGAGAGAUGGAGGGGUGGGACUUGGGGACACUAGCCAGAGAGGAGGUGGGGGGUUGGUCUGGUAACUGGAGAGAGGGAGGGGUGGGACUGGGGGACACUAGCCAGAGAGGAGGUGGGGUGACUGGGCUGACUGAUUUUAUGUCCUCCACCACUCAUCAUCAGCUGUGGUGCCGUACUGAGGAGAAAAGAGAUGCAGUACUGUACCAUAUCACAUCAGGCCCACUAUGAACUAUUUACUGAAGGCAAAAAACAACAGAUCCUUUUAUGAAUUUUACUUCCAGAUCUUUCUGAUAAGCAGACACAAAAAUACUAGGGUGGCUAGCUACAUUUUAAUGGUCAAUUCAGAAAGGUUGCUUUGUACAUAGUUGAAUGCAUGGUGCUUUUUAAUUUAGCUGGCCCGGUCCCUAGAGAUGUGUGCAGAGCAAACCAAGGUCUCUGAUUGACCUAUGGUGGGUUUGUACUGUGAAAGUAUGACAGUUGUAUUGAUGUGUUUCUGGGCGGAGGAAAUGUACAGUCCUACUCCACAGUCUUUGGAUGAAAUGCCAAAAAUAUAAUCAGACAAAGGUUUAUAUCAAAUCUCUCAGUAACAUGUUUUAAAAUAUUUUGCAUAUUUGACAAUAACCCCUCCACACACACAUUUGUUUAAUCUAUUUUAAGAAUAGUGGUUGCCGAAGGGAUUCAAGAUUUCUGCUUUUCAAAUUAGUUUGUUAUCAUGUGGUUACCUUUAUAAAGAUGUUCAUUCCACUGGUUGGACUGGCUGAUGUAAUGGGCAUGUUUGCCAGCCUUGAGAGCAGUUGACCAUUUGAAUGGUCCAGCUUGGGCUGGGAGGGAUGGACGAUCAGGGUUGGUCAACGACACGGGGGGGAGGGGGGAGUUAAGCCACCCCAUCUUGUGAUUGGUGGAUUGUUGUUUCUUUGCCAGGCUUACACCCCAUCUUCUCCCUUUCUCCCACCCCUCUCUACAAGUUCCUAGAACAGGCAGUGUGUUGGAGAAUAGGGGCGUGUGGCUUCACUGAACAAUCAUAUUUGAUUGUGUUUGACUGCCACCAGCUCAGGCCCCCAACCCUUCUCACCCCACCAGUACACCCCUCCCCCAACACACAUUUUGUAUUAGCAGGAUGACCGCGGUUACACUGUUCGCUAUUAUUAACCCUCUCUGUUGUUUAACCAUACAACCAAAAGGUCUCUCCACAGUCGUUCCCAGAAAACAUUCUGGAUUUGGAACCGCAUACCUAGGAUUCAAUAUCGCAAUGAACCACCUCUUUCAAUGGUCAUUAUUAAGUUUAGUGGUUCAUUCAUGCACUACCAUUUGUGAUGGAUAAAUGAAGGAUGUACAUGUAUGUUACAGUAUGUUAGUAAGUAUGUUACGUGAUAUAUGGAAGGAAUUGAGUGUUAAGGGGAAGAAGUAAACAUUAGAAUACUGAGUCACAGGUAUUCACAGGUUUAGGCUGCACCUACAGUACAGUAACUGUUCUCUAGGGUUCCCAUGCUGUACCCUAGCUCUAUCACGCAGUCAGUCACAACAGGCUGGUCCCAGUCUUACUCACAGCCCCAGUGCUUUUGCUCAGCCCAGAUGACUUGUUUCUGUGAUUGACAUCACUGUGCCUUGUCUGUACUGACUUGUAUCACACACACAUACUGUUGUAGCCACAGGCCCCUAAGUAGAUGUCUAUGUCUCAGUGGACACAGACACCUCCCUGGUUGUGUGCUUGCCUUUUAUUGUUGAUGUGCGCCAUACAUGUAUGUUUUGUAGCCAACUAUCAUUUCCAUGUAUGGUGCUUGGCACAAGAGUUGGCUUCAGUACUUAUAGUUUGGCUAUAAUGGACCUGUAGUACCAGGCCUACAUCGGGUAUAAUAACCAGUCCACUUUACAUGGUUCCGGAUCCUGUGUAAUACUGCAUCGCAGUUUACAUUAGCUCUGUAUUUAAACUGUUGCAAUGUUUUAAAACAUUUCCCAAACAUUGACUCAUACAGUUGUUGCUUCUUUUUUAAUUCAUUAUUUAAUUUUUUGUUUUAUUUGUAUGAAGGUUUUGGUUGUAUGUGUAAAUGUGACACGAUCACUAGAACUUAUCCCACCACACUUACUCUAGUGCUCUGUAUGUAUAAUGAUGCUCUGCAGUACUUUGCUUGGUUAAUGUGUAUCUAAAACAUGAUCGCUGGGUGUUAUAACAGUAGAGGGUGAAAGCCUGCUCAUUCAGCUGGGCACUCUGUUUCAGGAUCCACAUUAGCAUCUUAGUUAGAAUGAAUAUGAAUGAUUAUUUGAUGGAUCAGCCAUGUUAUGGAUUGUAUAAGUUUGACAUGGAUGUGUGUGUGUCCAGAUUCUAAAUAGUAUACUAGCAUGGUUAUUGUAACAGAGCCCGUUCUGUGUGUGAAUAGAAUGUGGUAGAUUUGGGGUGGAUGAAGUGGAGGUGAUGGGUGUUGAGCACUUUUCUGAAUUAUAUAAUAGUCUCGUGCCUCUCCUCAUUGUGGCAGGUGUAACUUCACACCCAUGGGACAGCAGCCACAUCCUCCUGCUGCACCGAGGCAGGAUGUGAAUUAAAACCCACCCCAUGCACUACCCCAAGGUGGAAAAGCUGUCAGUUCUCUCUAAGCCCAGGGAACUGAGUGUGUGUGUGUGUCUGAAUGUCUGGAGGGGGCCUAUAUAUAUAUAUAUAUAUAUAUAUAUAUAUAUAGUAUUUUAGUAGAAUAGACCUUCAACUGCUGACAAACUGUACAGAGUCAUAUUGUAUAGUCCCUCUCAACUCUGGAAAUUAAUGAUAAGAACUACUAACAUGAUAUUUACUGUAGCUUUUAAAAGAAGUGUACUAAUAUUGUAUUAAUAUUUUUCUUUCGGGGGUUUGUUUGCACAUUGUGUGAUCAAACCUGUUUUUAAUUUUUCUUUGUGUCAUUUUUGUGCUGUAUUUUUAAAUAAUAAAAGGACAUAAAAUGAAAAAAUAGUCCUUUCUUUUCCAUAGCAGCAGCUGUUGACUUUGUCUUAAAUCAUAGUGCUUUUCUCUAACCAGGUCUCAGCAGCCAGCCUAUCUUUAUCCUCUGGAGCCCUGGCUGGCCUCCUGCAGGCUUCCAUUCUGAUGAAUUUUAAUCGGGCAGUGAUUUUCACCCCUAACGCCAGUUGAGGUGACUUUCUAACCUCUAAUGACUAUAAUUAAUCAAUGAAGCACAGAGGCAGUACGAUCAGAAACUGCUUGGCAAAAAUCCACAGCUCCAUUGAAACAGGCAGCACUAGAGCAUUACGUAUACUAGCCUGAUUCGCACCAUAGGGCCGAGCUGUACUGGACUGGCCUGGGUACGCAUCCACCAGUGUUGCUUGAGCCAUGCUGGAAAGGACCAUGUGAAAAUAAAAUAUCAGAGCCAGCACAGCCUGGUUUGUGUUGGGCAUAUCGCUUGAAUCAAAACUGUGUAGGGGAGACUGGUGGAAAUUGUAACAACUUGAAUUUCUCCAAACAGAAAAAAGCUAGAGUAAUGAAACUCACUCAGUACAUACCUGUUUAGGUUCUCUCCCUACUAGAAAGGUUUUUGCCAAAUAUCUAAAUUUGCUCGUUUUAUAAGCAAAUGUUUGCUUUUUAGGGGUGAACUUUGUACUGUCCAAUAUUUCAAACUAGCAUAAUGUUCCUCACCAUGAGUUUGACUGCUAAGGUUGGGGGCAAUUAUAACGGAGUGUUAAAAUGGCCCUGAGCCAGCAGCCCAAUUUUUUUAAUUUUAUUACUAUUUUCAUUUUAAGAUAUUAAUUAUACCAAUAAUAACUUUAAUUAGCCUUGGGGUCCUGUAGAGUGCCAAAGAAGUUGGAAACAGACAUGAACUGAGAACCAUCAGACUGUUCAGACUGUUUUGAGACUGAAUGCCCAUGCACAAAUGAGUAUAACUGUAAAAA